CAGCCAACACUUGAGACCCCUCCUCCGUCCUCCGGUCCGGCCUGAACACGACGCCUCGCCGCCUUGCCUUCCCGCCCGGCCAUCCGGCGAGCCACCGCUACCGGCGCGGCGCCACCCACCUGUCCCAACCCCACCUCUAGAAGGAGCUCCCACGCUCCUUCCGCCGGACCCGGCGCUUGAGCCUCGACUGAAGCGGCCCUGACCCACCCGCCGCCCCGGUAAAACCCUACUCCUUCCAGACCUGUUUGAGGCCGCCGCCGCCGGCUCCGAUGGCGUCCUUCCCGGCGACGCACGCGCUGCCUCCAGCCCCAACAGCACCCUACCCCGCGACUCCGCCGCCUCUCCAGCAGCACCACCAGCACCAGCAGCAGCCGGGGCCCGCUCCGGCGGGGGCGGCGACGCUGCUGGUGCGGCACCUCCCGGAGGCGAUCACGCAGGAGAUGCUCUCCCGCCUCUUCUCCCACUACGGGGCCACGUCCGUCCGCCCCUGUGCCGGUGGAAAGCUGAGGAAUUGUGCAUUUGUAGAUUUUAGGGAUGAGGCCGCGGCCAAUCAUGCACAUUCGUUAUUGAACAGGUUGAGGUUCCUUGGGAAAGUGUUAAUAGUUGAGAGAGCAAAUCAGCCAAAUGCAAAUAAUGCACAUGUGAAGCCUCAGGACCAAUUAGUGCAUGGGGUGUCCCAGGUACCAAGUGCUGGUUCCCAAAAUCAGAAGAAUCCUACAUCGACUGCUGAACCAAUUGCUCCAAAGCUUGGUGUGGACUAUCCAUUUCCUCCGCAUCUUGAGUAUGCAUAUCCACCACCAGAUGGAAACAUAUUGACAAAUAUUGUCAAUGCCCUCAUUGCCGUCCCUCGAUUCUACACACAGGUGUUGCACUUAAUGAACAAGAUGAACCUUCCAGCUCCAUUUCGGAUGGCAUUGCCUACGCCACCGCUACCAUCACAAGUGCCUGCUCCCCCUCAUCCUCCACCACCACCGCAACCUGAGGAAGCUCGUUCAGCUGAUUUGUCUAGUGAUGAGUCUGAGUUGGAAUCAUCUGAUGACGAUGUUGAUAAACGGAAAAGCAAGCGUGCAAAGCAUGAAGUUAUUGUUGGUCCUGCAGUUGAUAAAAGUGUUGCUCAUGAAGCUGUUGGGGUAAAACCUGCUGCAUUGGUUUCUACUGAGCUUCAAGUGAUCAAAAAGAAAAACCCAGUACUCCAGAUAAAAAUUGCCCCUAAGACUACGCAGAAGGAACCACCAGUACAAAGUACAGCUGACAAGGAAAUGGAUUCAACAAAUGAACAGCUUGAAGAGAAACAUUUUGUCACACCCCAGGAAAUAGAGAAAGAUAAAUUACCACCAGAGGAGAUUUUGUCCCUUCCUAUGUUCAAGAAUUACACUCCAGGAAAUCCUGCUGCUGUUUUGUACAUUAAGAACUUGGCAAAGGAUGUCACUCAUGAUGACUUCUUCUAUGUCUUUGGGUCUCUUUUCGAAAGUAUGGACAGUGCAAGAUCGGGUCUGAGUAUCAAGUUAAUGCAGGAGGGACGGAUGCGUGGUCAAGCCUUUGUGACAUUUCCUACUGUUGAACUCGCUCAACGAGCUCUGAAUCUAGCUCAUGGCUAUGUGUUCAAAGGAAAACCAGUGAUCAUACAAUUUGGUAGAAAUCCUGCUGCUAAUAAAGCUUCCUAGGGCAGUUUGUACUUUCCUCUCCUGAAUUUGACCGUUUUCAGAAGUUGGUACGAACGGGAAAGUGUCAAUCAGAGGCUGUAGGUAUCUGUUGUUGGUUGGUAUUGGUUGAUUGAUUCCUCCCGUAGUGUAAUGGAUAAUUGCUUUACUAUGCUUGCUAGAUGUUUGGUGAAGAAGAACACUGGAGAUUCAGUUCUCCGACCAUUGAAAAAUUACUCUAUUGUAUUUGUAUAUUACAAUUUGCCGGGCACUGAAAAUUUACUAUAUCGGUGAAAAAAAAGAACACUGGAAGUUUUAA